CAAGAGAUGGCAGCAGCAGAUCGUGAGGCUAAAUAUCAGCAGCAGCAGCGUGUUAACCAGCGCAAGUCGCAGUACAGUGGUCUCAUGACGCAGCAUGAUAAGGAUUUUAUUAAUCGAAUCCAGAUCUCGCAGCUUGCUUCGAGUGAUCCUUACUCGGACGACUUUUACUACCAGGUGUAUUCCUCGCUUCGUCAACGCGCUGGAUUGCCUGUUUGGUCGGCGUCUGCUGAGAAUGCAGCCAAGGGUAGCAACAACCGUGGGCGCAAAGAGGAAAAUGGGAUGCAGCGUUUCCACCAGCAGCUUCAGCGUGUUGUGAAUAACGCAAAGAGACAUCCAAGACAAACUCAAGUAACUCUUGAGGGUGCUUUGGGUAAAAUCACAUCUUUGACUGUACGCAAUCCGAGACAAGUUUUGCAAGUUUCUGAAAAAAAGCCCAAUGCUUCAUCGGCAAGUCACGAGGGAUCAAAGCAAGAUCAGAAACAGACGACCUCGAAAACAAACGUGCCUACUGAAACCGACAGACGGAGAAUCCUCAAGAUCGUGGAGAAUUUAUAUUUGAUUGUGCUAGAGCUCGAGCAAAUGCGCAGACAAGGUGCGCCAAAACCAAAGCCAGGUCAUGAGGAUGAGCAUGAAGACGUAGUUGAGGCAUGGAACGCCAAGUAUGCUGAUCGCUGCCAGAAACUUUGGGACGCGCUCAGACUGUUGGACCAAACUGAUGGAACGCCAUUGAUCGUAUCCAUCCUCUCGGUUGCCAAGGGUGCAAAGUUGAUUCCUCGUAUUGUACGCCACUUGAACAGCGAUCAAAAUCUGACCAUGUUGACCGUCAUCAUUGCAAACUUUUCACGACUUUUUGUCUGCCGGCACGUUAUCUAUCCCGGCUCCAUGGUUGCUAAUGCUGAAGAGGCUAAGAAGCAAAAGUUUGUCACCUUUGAAGAUGUCGAAUUAUUCAUCAACAUGGCUGCACCUCCGCUUUUGAGUCUUAUUUCGGAAGCGCCUUUGCAAGUAAUCAACGGUUUGAUCAAAUUAUUUAUUGAAAAGAAUGAUAUUGUGGCCGUGGCCCGUACAAAGCCGGGUCUUGCUUUCUUGACGAUGCUCUUAUCACGUGCCGAAAUUUUAAAGCAAGGCGGUCAAGCACUUCACGGUCCAGUAGCACCGUCUCCCGAAGACUUAGCACAGUGGCAACAAGAAUACAACGCUUUAUUUGGACUUUUGCACGGCCACUAUGCAUCCAUAUUCCCCUCCUUAUACUACCUUGUGCCCAUCCAGCCAAACAUGAGCGCAAUCCAGCUUUCUCUUAAUGUGGAUGAUAUGUAUGUGUGGCAGUUCCUUGCUGCCAUGGCUGUCGGUGCUUCUAUGGAGCAGCAGCAUAUCCUAGUUACAGAAGUUAGAGAGCGUGUAAUGGAAAACAUCGUGCUUGCACAUAGCAACCGAUUCCCUGCCGCUCAGGCCCAACACCGAAUUUCCAACGUCAACCUCUUCUUACACGCCCUUGGCCUCGACUCUUCACAAGUUACCUUGCCACGAUGAACUGCUAUUUAGCCUAACUCCCGAACCUUUUGCUCCGCUCUCGAUUUGACACUUUGACCACUACAUCCGUAUCUUCUACAACACACAAAGAAAGACUCACUCUUUCUUGAAUUUCUGCUAGUAUAAUUUCAAAGCACCAAUCGACCCACCGAAAAAAAAACUGCCAAUUUGCUCUGCCUCUCUCUUUCUCCCUCUCAUCCACACUUUCACACUCACACAUCGACACAGCAAAUAUAUAUUCAAACGAUGCCAACUCUUAAAGUAAAUAAAAAAAUGAAAAAUAGUCUAGCA